CCAUCGCAACACGACAUACAACUCAAACAUCUUCAUAUAAAUACCAACGAAGCAUAUUUUCUUUCAAGUAUUGCUUGUUCAAAAUGAAUAGGCAAGCAUUUGAGUGGAUGUGUUUUUUAACGCUCUUAACAUGUUUUUUGCUGUUCAAUGUUACUUACGCGAUGACAAGACAACAGCUGAAAAAUUCAGGAAAAAUGAUGAAGAAGUCCUGUAUACCGAAAAACGAUGUAACUGAAGAGAUGGUCGGUUCAAUAGAGCAGGGAAAAUUCAUAGAAGAAAGAAAUGUUAUGUGUUACAUCGCGUGUAUCUACACUAUGACUCAAGUAGUAAAAAAUAAUAAAUUAAGCCAUGAAGCAGUACUCAAGCAGGUGGACAUGAUGUUCCCUGCCGACAUGCGGGUCGCUGUCAAAGCCAUGGCUGAGAAAUGCAAGGACGUUUCAAAGAAAUACAAAGACAUAUGCGAAGCUUCAUAUUGGACUGCAAAAUGCAUGUACGACGCUGAUCCGGCGAACUUUGUUAAGAACGAGAAAUUAAAUAAAGACAUGGUGGCGAAGCAAAUCGAUAUUCUCUAUCCUGCGGACAUGAAGGCAGCCGUGAAAAAGUCUGUGGCGAAAUGUAUUGACGUUCAUCAAAUUGGAAAGAUAGAGCAAGGCAAGUUUUUGGAAGAAAAAGACGUAAUGUGCUAUAUAGCGUGCAUUUAUUCAGUUGGUGGUGUGGUUAAAAACAACAAAGUAACGCUCGAUGCCAUGGUGAAACAGGUCGAUAUGAUGUUCCCGAAUGAAAUGAAAGACCCUGUAAAAGCUGCUAUAGAAAAUUGCAAAGGAGUAGCCAGUUUGUAUUGCAAUCAAGGGAAAUUGACUUCCUUUAUAUGGUUUGAUGAAAACGACAAUCGUUUUGUUGCGCCUUUGUGCCAGCGAAGAUUAGUCAUGGAACGGCAAACCUGGGUGUUUGUUAUGGUGCUUGCUUUUUUAGCUAAUGGAUGUGAUGCAUUAACCAAAGCGCAAAUGAAAAAAUCUGCAGCAGCGUUCAAAAAGAAGUGUAUGGCCAAAGAAAAUGUCUCAGAAGAUAUGAUCGGAGACAUAGAAAAAGGAAAGUUUAUAGAGGACAAAGGAGUCAUGUGCUAUAUUGCAUGCAUUUACCAAAUGGCUAAUGUCGUAAAAAAUAACAAACUAAGCUAUGAAGCAUCCAUAAAACAAAUCGAUAUAAUGUAUCCCGCAGAGUUGAAGGAACCCGCCAAAAAGUCUGUGGAAGCGUGUAAGGAUGUAUCUAAGAAAUAUAAGGAUUUGUGCGAGGCCUCCUUCUGGACAGCGAAGUGUAUUUACGAGGAUGACCCUAAAAACUUUGUAUUCGCUUAGAACGACUGUCAAUAAAAACUUGAAUAUAG